GUGGGGUUGCGCCAGCAGGCGUGGAAAGCACCGCAGUACACACAAUGGACAACUAUGAUGUGGCCUAUGAUGGACAUGACGAUGCCAAGGAUAUCAUACAGGUGGAUUGGCCCUUCCUGAUUAAGGGCAUAUUAGAGAAUCCGACAUGCGCGCCGACUGCUCCGGAUGCUCUGGCUGCACUGCUGUGGGCGAUUAUUGCAGUGUUUGGCAUUGUCUACGCCCUGCUAGGAUAUCGCUGUCUGAGGGCCGUGGGCUUUCUCAGCGGUCUACUUGUCGGAGCAAAUGGCAUAUUUAUACUGCAGGACUUUCAGAUAACACUGCUGGGCAAACCAGCGGAUUCGGCGCUGGCCAUUGUGGCGGGUCUAUUGGGCGCAGUCCUGGGCUCCACAUAUCCUGUGGCAUCCGUACUGAUAAGCGCCUUCGCAGGUGCUCUACUCUCUGGUGCCGCUAUGGCCGUUUGUGUCGCCACAAUGCCGGAUAAUGAGUUCGGAUACCGCGAGAUUUACGUUGCUGUUGUGGGUGGUGCCGUCAUCUGCUCGGUGCUGACGCUCUGCUGCGUUAAAUAUGUGACUAUAUUGGCGUCCAGCAUCGUUGGCACUGCCAUGAUCAUAAGCGCCAUCGACUUCUAUAUGCAUGGGCUGGAAACAAUUAACUGGAUACUGAACAUGAAGCCGCUGCCCGCACCCCCGCCAUGCUACGGCGGCCUGCUGAUCGCCGCCUGGCCCGUGGUCAUCGUUAUUAGCAUAAUGGUGCAGUGCUUCAUCACCGCCUGGCGGGUGGAUCAUCGCAAGCGUGUCUAUAUGCGACACCACCAGCAUCAUGCCCAUCAUCUGCCACAGAGCCAGCAGCAGACAGCGGCCAAUGCUCACGUGCCAAUGCGGCGGGCCCAGUCGCGCACCCGUGAGACUCGUGAGGAGGCCAGACAGAGAAAGUUCCGAUAUCUGUACCAGGUCCGCACGGCCCGCGGCGAUAUUAUUUCACAGAAUUUUGUAUCGGCGCUCCAGAAGCGCAUACAGCUGAGCGGUACAGAGACGCCGUCGGAGCGCUCCAUCAAGACGAGCUCCAAUGAGCGGAACACUUUCCGGAGCGAUCGCACACACUUCACAACCAUACACGACCCAGACUCAGAGCUGUGCGACAAGAUCGAAAUUGUCCGUGACAUUGGAUAACAAACAAGCAAUAGUUACAUGUAACUAUAUC